AUGAAGAAUAUAUUUCUUUUCAUCAUUCUGGUACCCUAUGUAUUAGCAUUUAAAGAAAAAUUGUUACAUUAUAUAUCUGAUGAAGUUGCUGGAGGUUCUUAUAAAUAUUAUAGUUUAACUUAUGAUGGAUUUAUUAGAAUAAUAUUAACAUCUGAAAUCGGUGAUGCAGAUAUUUAUGCUUCUCAAAUAACUGCAAAACCAACUUAUGAGCCAGAUCAAUAUUGUCUUAAAUCUGCUACAUGUGGAGAGGAUAUAAUUCUUAUCCCUGAUAGUUUUGAAAGACCAGUUAGUAUAGGUGUUUAUGGACAUCCAUGGCAUGAAAUUAAUAGAUAUGUUCUGUUAGUGUAUGAAACAGAAAAUACAGAAAAUAUAUUUUAUGAAAAGAGUGCAGCUGAUAUUCCAAAAGACUAUAAUAAUUUAGAAAUUUAAUAAUUAAUUAUGUUGGAAUACGAGACUCAAAUAUUUUUAGAAAUACUCCACGAGGAUGGUCUCGUUGUUACUGCAAAAGGACUUGGCAUAGAAACUGUCUUUGCAAAUAUAUUGAAAGCUUAUAUAGAUCCAGGAAACUUGGUUAUAGUCCUAGGGACUACAAAUCAUGAUGAACAAUACUUUAUUGAUACGUUAAAAAAAUCAGGGGUAAAGCAAUUACCCCGGGUUAUAACGUCUGAAUGCUCAUCGGAUGAAAGAGCAAUAAUGUAUUUAGAAGGUGGAGCUAUGUUCAUGUCAGGUCCAAUUCUGGUAGUAGACUUGUUAAAAAACAGAGUUCCGUUAAAUUUAGUUACCGGAAUUCUUGUAUAUAGAGCACAUAAUAUUUUAAAUUCAUAUCAAGAGGCAUUUGCUCUCCGUUUAUAUCGGCAAAACAAUAAAACAGGUUUUAUUAAAGCAUUCAGUAACUCGGCAUUAGCGUUCACUGUUGGAUUUAUGCAAGUAGAGCGAGUAAUGAAGACAUUAUUUGUAAAACAAUUGUAUUUAUGGCCACGUUUUCAUUCGCUUGUAAAUAGUAGUUUAGGAGAGCAUGAGCCUGAGGUAAUUGAAUUCCAUGUAAAAAUCACACCAAAAAUGUUGAAUAUUCAGUCUUCUCUACUUGAUGUCAUGAAUUAUGUCGUAAAAGAGAUAAAAAAGCUCAAUAAAUAUGUAGAUUUAGAUGAAUUGACUGUUGAAAAUGCAAUUGCUAGAAAAUUUCACAAACAACUACAGUCUCAAUUAGAUCCAAUGUGGCAUCAACUUAGUUCAACUUCAAAACAGUUGUUGUCAGAUUUGAAAACGUUAAGAGCUCUCCUCGCCUGUCUAACACACGAGGAUUGUGUAUCCUUUUAUUCAAUGUUAAAUCGUUUACGUACUAUGGAAUAUGCUGUGAAAAAUAGUGGUUGGUUAAUGCUAGAUUCUGUAGAUAUAUUAUUUAAAAACGCAAAGGACAGAGUUUACAAUGAAAAAACUGAAUUGAAGCCAGAAGCAAAUCCUAAAUGGACUGCUUUAACAGAAGUAUUGUUAGAAAUUCAGCAUCAGAACAAGAAAAAAGGAAACAGUGGGGAUGUUGAGAAAAUUCUUGUGUUAGUACAUGAUCGUAAUAUAUGUUACCAAUUGAGAAAUUAUUUAACCAUGGGUUCUGAUAAGUAUUUACUGUAUGAAGCAAUGAAGAAACUCCCUCAUAAAGAAAUACUGAAAUCAAGGUACAUAAUUAAUCUAUAUAAAAUAAAAUUUGCCAAGAAGAUUAAUCCUACUGAGAAUGUAGAAGGGGAGUCAACAUCUGGAGAGACAAAUAAUGACGAUACAGACGAAAGUGAACAAGACACUUAUGUGUUAACAUUAUCUCAACAGAUUAAUGAAGAAGAUCGAUCUAAUUCAUCUGAAGAUAAAGACAAAAAUCAAACUUUAUUUCAGGAUUGCUCACAAAUGGCAGAAUUAGAUUUAACUAGUGUAACGACAGAUGCACCUAUUAUUUUAAUACAAUCUUUGAAAAGAAACGGAGAUCCUAUGUCUUUACAACGUGCUUUAGCAGAACAUAUGCCACGAAAUAUUAUUAUGUAUGUAGCUGAUAUUUCUGCCGUGCGACAAAUUGAGGUUUACCAGAAUAAUAAUCCGACAAUAGACACAAAAGUAUAUUUUUUAAUUUAUGAAGGAUCUGUGGAAGAACAAGAAUAUCUUACAUCAUUGCGACGAGAAAAAGAAGCAUUUCACAAAUUGAUUAAUGCUAAAACUACAAUGAUCAUCCCUGCUGACCAAGAUGGAAAAACUGAGGAUUCUUUGAGCCUUUCAAUGCAAACGGAUACAGACGCCGAAGAUAAUACACGCAAAGGGGGAUUACAAAUUCCGUCCGAUGUUACGAAUACUGUAAUAGUCGAUAUGCGAGAAUUCCGAAGUGAACUUCCUGCUAUACUUUAUACGAGGGGCUUUAAAAUCGAACCUGUAACAUUACAGGUUGGCGAUUAUAUUUUAUCGCCAGAAAUUUGUGUUGAGAGGAAAAGUAUUUCUGAUUUAAUCGGUUCAUUAAACAGUGGGAGAUUAUAUAAUCAGGCUAUAUCCAUGACAAGACAUUAUACCAAACCAAUGCUUUUGAUAGAGUUCGAUCCAAACAAACCAUUCUGCUUUCAGGGAUAUUAUUACGCUAGCAAAGACGUUCAAAACAUGUUCAUAACUUCGAAAUUGCAACUGCUGACUAUGCAUUUCCCACGAUUAAAGCUUGUAUGGUCGCCUGGACCUCAUGCAACAGCACAAUUGUUUGAAGAAUUAAAGCAAGGAAGAAGUCAGCCAAAUGCAAUUACAGCUGCUCAGAUUGGAGUCGAAGAGAAUAAACAAAUGGGAACAGAGAAAUUUAAUUCCCGUAUACAAGAUUUUAUCGCUAGAUUACCGGGAGCGACUACCAAAAACGUACAUGCAAUUUUGAAUAACGGACAAUCAUUAGACCAUCUUAACAAACUUACAAAAGAAGAACUUACGGAAAUGAUAGGAAAUAAAAAUGAAGCACAAAUGUUAUACAGCGCGUUUCAUGAAAAGAUUUCCCCAGCUGAAGAAAAAUCAAAGACUAAUGGUAAAAAAGCCACAUACAGUAGAGGUCGUGGGAAAAGACUAUUUUCCAAAAUAAAACAAUGA